ACACUCUCACAUACAAACACACUUUUUGCUCACAGAGAAAGAGAGAGAUAGAGAGAGACAUGGCUUCUGAUCUAAACAGAAGAAUAGCUUCCUCUUUUCUAGUCUUGAUCAUUGCAAUGCUUAAUGGGCAUAAUAAAGUUUAUUCAAAAUGUGAUUUUGAAGCAAUUUUCAACUUCGGAGACUCGAAUUCCGACACUGGUGGGUUUUGGGCUGCUUUUCCGGCUCAGUCCGGUCCAUGGGGAAUGACUUAUUUCAAGAAACCGGCCGGUCGUGCUUCAGACGGUCGUCUCAUCAUUGAUUUUCUAGCAAAAUCUCUUGGAAUGCCUUUCCUUAGCCCGUAUUUGCAAUCUAUUGGAUCGGAUUUUCGGCACGGUGCAAACUUUGCGACAUUAGCAUCCACGGUUCUCCUGCCAAACACGUCUUUAUUUGUCACUGGAAUAAGCCCUUUCUCACUCGCUAUUCAGUUGAAUCAGAUGAAACAAUUCAAGGUUAAAGUCGACGAGUCACAUUCUUCAGACCAACCAGAAUCGAAGAAGAUGCUACCGUCUAGGAAUGUUUUUGGGAAAUCACUCUACACGUUUUAUAUUGGUCAAAACGAUUUCACAUCCAAUUUAGCGAGCAUUGGAGUUGAUGGAGUGAAACAAUAUCUUCCACAAGUCAUAGGCCAAAUUGCUGGAACGAUCAAGGAGAUAUAUGGAAUAGGUGGUCGGACAUUUUUGGUAUUGAACUUAGCACCGGUUGGAUGUUACCCGGCGAUUUUAACCGGUUACACUCAUACCAGUGCUGAUUUGGACAAAUUCGGAUGUCUCAUUCCUGUAAACAAAGCCGUCCAAUAUUACAACGCGUUACUGAAUAAGACAUUAUCAGAGACCAGAACCGAACUGAAAGACGCUACCGUAAUUUACUUAGACACUCACAAGAUAUUGCUCGACCUCUUUCAACACCCCAAAUCCUACGGUAUGAAACACGGUAUCAAAGCUUGUUGUGGACACGGUGGACGUCCAUACAAUUUCGAUCAGAAGAUAUUUUGCGGUAACACAAAAGUGAUCGGGAAUUCUUCAGCGACGGCCAAAGCUUGCCGUGAUCCACACAAUUACGUGAGUUGGGAUGGAAUCCAUGCGACGGAGGCCGCAAACCACCACAUUUCCAUGGCCAUUCUCGACGGCUCGAUAUCAUAUCCUCCGUUCACACUCAAUAACCUAUGUCCGCCUUAAUUAAUAAAUGAUAUAUAAGCAGGAUGAUGUAUACCAGCUAUACUAGUUGUUGAUUGUUUAGAUGUGACUUGUGAGUUUUUGUAAGCUUAUCCACCAACUAAGCAUAUUGUGACAAACAAAGUUAUAUAAGAUAAUACAUGAAUAUGUUUUUAAAAUG